CCACAUCUGCGGAGCUCACUUGGCGGCAGCUGGCACAGACCACUACAGCUAAGGUGGAGUGCUCUUCGGCACCGAGCAGCUGUCAAACCGCCGUGUUUCUCUCCGCAUUCGUUCUCUAUACAAGCGUCUCACACACUCGUCAGGAUGCCAGUACCUGUUGGAGCUAUGCCAGGAGACGGCGCGCAUGGCCCCUCUACGCUUGACAAGUUGAAGAUGGGUGGCAUGAUGGGUGGAUCUGUUGGUCUUAUUAUUGGCUUCAUCUUCGGCUUCACAAACAUCGUUCGAUUCGGUCCCGGGCCAAACGGCAUGCUGCGAACACUCGGGCAAUACAUGAUGGGAUCUGCGGCGACAUUUGGCUUCUUCAUGGCCAUCGGCACUACCAUCCGCACAGACAGCUCGCCCAUCGUUACCCAAGCCUUCGGCAGCAUCAACAGCCGCCCUACAAUUCUGUCGCGACAGUACCAGAGCAUGAAGGCUGCUCGCGCCGAGAAGAACUAGGCACACAUAGCAGACAACUGCAGGGGACAGAAGAAGAAGGCAACCUCGGUUGACCUACAUAUGUACAACACCAUCGCAGAUUUACGAUCACGAACAUGUACAUAUAGCACUGGAAAGAGCAACGUGGAGACAUCUCGUAGAAUCAUUGCCUGAGAAAGUGCGAGAGAGAUAUAAGCAAAUCAUCCCGAUCACGGUACACAACCCCAAGUGGCAUGCACCUUCCAUCCGUCUCACUCGAGCUUUUCUUCACCAUUCCUUUCAAUAUUCACACCACUGAACAGGCGAUCCCACAAUCA